AUGCCUGCCUCGGGGGAAAAUAUAGGCGAGAACACCCGGUUUUCUGACAACCCUCAAUUCGAAGAAUGGGCAGGCCAAAUAAUGACCAAACUGUUCAAGAUGAACGGGCAUUUGAGCACACUCCAACAGUUCAUCAAAACGCUGCAAAAGAACCAAGAACAAGGGAACACAAGAUCGAAAAUGGUUGCCAACAUCGACAAGAAGUCAGUUUUCCACAUGGAAGAGAUGUCAAAACUUCUGAAGUUAAUCAACGAGCUCAUUCACAAAAUAAAUGGCAUCGAAGAGGCAGCUCUUGACAAAGCGCAGCUUAUAUCCAGAGAUAAAUUAACCCGAGAUGUUAAAUACUCGGUUCAAGAGUUCCAGGAGGCGCAAAAAGAAUAUAUGCAGGUUUCGAAAACAAUGAAUGAGGAGGCUAAGGCUGCGUUAGCUGAGGAUGAACAGACGCGCCAAGAAUCUGCAAGUUUGGUGCCAAAACAACAAGUGGUAAUCGAAAGAGAAGCAAUCAAUAACGAAGAAUUUGCUUACCAGCAAAGUCUCAUUCAACAACGAGAAGAGGAGAUUUCUCACAUUGAGAGCGGUGUUGUUGAACUUAACGAAAUAUUUCGCGAUUUAGGUAACAUAGUCCAACAGCAGGGUCACUUAGUGGAUAACAUUGAAAGCAACAUUUAUUCUGUUGCAACUAAUACUCAGUCAGGGGCUCGUGAACUCACAAAGGCCAUGAGAACUCAAAGAAACUCUAACAGGUGGUGCCUUCGGAUACUGUUAGUGGUCUCUGUGUUACUCGUGAUGUUUAUUUUGGUGGUUUUUAGCUAA